UAUCAAUAAAUUUUAAUAAUCAUUCAAUUUAAUACCGUAAGAAAAAUAAUACUCCAUAAUGAUGUACUACAAAUAUUAUUCCACCUUCAAUUCCACACCCACAUCAACAGUAUUAGAAGUCGCCCAAUUGGUCAUCCUUUCGCUUUCAUCCGUUUCCUUUCCUUUUCCUUUCUUCUUUUUUUCCUUUUGCCUCUCGCAGGAGCUCUGGCCUUGUCGCUGGAUUCCCGCGAUUCUAAAACCUAAAAUUUGUCGUCAAAAGAUGGAGCAUUUCUUCUUCUAGGGUUUCUUUUAAAGACCCAUCGACUGCUUUUGUUCCUCAUUUCCGGAAAAAAGAAAAACAAAGAGGAGGAAGAAGACGAACAAUACACACUCUGAGCAAUGUCUCGCCAAGCAGCUUCUUCCGCUUUCCACAAAUCCAAAACUCUCGACAAUAAAUACAUGCUUGGAGAUGAAAUCGGAAAAGGUGCAUAUGGACGUGUUUAUAAAGGUUUAGAUUUGGAGAAUGGAGACUUUGUUGCAAUUAAACAAGUAUCUUUGGAGAAUAUAGCACAGGAGGAUCUCAAUAUUAUAAUGCAAGAGAUUGAUUUAUUGAAGAAUUUGAACCAUAAAAACAUUGUGAAGUAUCUUGGAUCAUUGAAGACAAAGACUCAUCUGCAUAUAGUUCUUGAGUAUGUGGAGAAUGGUUCGCUUGCAAACAUCAUCAAGCCAAAUAAAUUUGGGCCUUUUCCAGAAUCAUUGGUGGCUGUUUAUAUUGCUCAGGUUUUAGAAGGCUUGGUUUAUCUACAUGAACAGGGUGUUAUCCAUCGUGAUAUUAAGGGUGCAAAUAUUUUGACAACUAAAGAGGGUCUUGUGAAACUUGCUGAUUUUGGUGUUGCAACCAAACUAACUGAGGCUGAUGUUAACACACACUCAGUUGUUGGAACACCAUAUUGGAUGGCCCCAGAGGUGAUUGAAAUGUCAGGAGUUUGUGCUGCUUCUGAUAUUUGGAGUGUUGGCUGUACUGUGAUCGAACUGCUUACAUGUGUGCCUCCGUACUAUGAUCUGCAGCCUAUGCCAGCUCUCUUUCGGAUUGUGCAGGAUGAGCAUCCACCAAUACCUGAUAGCCUAUCUCCAGACAUUACUGACUUUCUGCGCCAGUGCUUUAAGAAGGAUGCCAGACAGAGGCCUGAUGCAAAAACACUGCUUUCUCAUCCUUGGAUACGAAAUAGCAGACGUGCUUUGCAGUCUUCUCUGCGGCACAGUGGAACCAUUAGAAACAUUUCGGAAGAUGUUGCAGCAGAUGCAGAAAGCUCUAUUGGAGAUAAUCAGAGUGCUGGAGAGAGCCUUCCUUUGGAGAAAGUGGAGGCAUCUGAAAUGAGCUCCAGGAAAGAGCUAUUAUCAGCAGAGGUCACUGAUCGAAGCAAGUAUGAUCAUGAUCAUGAUCAUUCUGCAGAUAAUAAUCUUCUUGAAGAAAGAAUAAAUAAUUUAGACGAUGAUCUACCGUCAGAUCAAGUUCCAACCUUAGCCAUUCAUGAGAAAUCAUCAUUACAUAGUAGUUUGGGUAGACUACCUGUAAAGAAUGGAGUGGAUGACCUUGGUUCUGCUCAGCUUCAUGAGAUGUCUCAUCAAGAUGAAGUUAUGUUGAAUGGUGAUGUUGGAUCUCCUGAAUCAAGAAGGAAACAUUUGGAAAAAAGACAUGGAGGCAAAGGAAGUUCAAUUGAUACUGAGAAUAAAUCAUUUGGCUUUGGACCUAUAACUCAGGAUGCCAGUCUGCAUAAGGCUGUAAAAGCUUCAGUGACCUCAACUGGGAAUGAGCUAAGUAGAUUUAGUGACCCUCCUGGAGAUGCUUCCUUGGAUGACUUGUUUCAUCCGUUGGAUAGAAACCUGGAGGAAAGAGCAGCUGAAGCUUCAACAUCUGCAUCUACAUCAAAUGUGAACCAGGCUACUCUGCCUGAUACUGGAAAAAAUGACCUAGCUAAGAAAUUAAGGGAUACAAUUGCUAAAAAACAAAUGGAAGAGGAAAUGGGGCAGUCAAAUGGAGGUGGUAACCUGCUUCGCUUAAUGAUGGGUGUUUUGAAGGAUGACGUAAUUGACAUUGAUGGUUUGGUUUUUGAUGAAAAGUUACCCGCCGAGAACCUAUUUCCCCUACAGGCUGUUGAGUUUAGCAGAUUAGUUGGCUCACUAAGACCAGAGGAGUCAGAGGAUGCAAUUGUAACUGCCAGCCAGAAACUCGUAGCAAUCUUCCACCAGCGUCCUGAACAAAAAAUUGUUUUUGUUACCCAGCAUGGUUUGCUGCCUCUAAUGGAUUUGCUUGAUGUCCCAAGAACUCGUGUUAUAUGUUCUGUGCUUCAACUUAUUAAUCAGAUUGUAAAAGAUAACACUGAUUUCCAGAAGAAUGCUUGUCUUGUGGGCUUGAUUCCUUUGGUUAUGAGUUUUGCGGGGCCCGAUCGUCCUCGAGAAAUUCGGAUGGAAGCAGCUUGUUUCUUGCAGCAGCUUUGUCAGUCAAGCUCCUUGACUUUGCAGAUGUUCAUAGCUUGCUGUGGAAUCCCUGUUUUAGUUGGCUUUUUAGAGGCUGAUUAUGCCAAGUACAGGGAAAUGGUUCAUCUAGCAAUUGAUGGCAUGUGGCAGGUCUUCAAGCUUCAGCGAUCAACCCCAAGGAAUGAUUUCUGUCGAAUAGCUGCUAAGAAUGGGAUAUUGCUGAGGCUUAUUAAUACUCUGUAUAGUUUAAAUGAGGCAACUCGACUUGCAACCAUAUCUGUUGUGGGUGGAUUUUCAGUAGAUGGUUCAGCUCAACGGCAACGUUCUGGUCCAUUAGAUUCCAAUCAUCCUCUGUUUGCUCAGAAUGAGACUCCACUCUCUCUAACUGAUCAAUCUGAUGUUCAUAAAGUUAGGCAUGGAAUUACUGAACAUUCCUUUCCAACUGUAGCACAAGAACCUUCACGAGCUUCAACUUCACAUUCUCAGAGGUCAGAUACCAAUCUGCCAGAUUCACGUUAUCUUGCUGUUGACAGUGACAGACCUCAAUCUAGCAAUGGAGCAUUGGAUGUAUCAGUCGGUACUAAAUUGGCAGAUUUGACAUCCCUAGAAAAAGUUACAAACAUAGCCACCAAGGAAUCUUCAACCUUUUCCAAAGAGCGAGAAAACUUGGAUCGAUGGAAACUUGAUCAUGCUAGAGCAGAGAUUGACCUCAUACAGCAGAAAAUAAGUAACUCUGUGAGCAGGACAUCUACAGACAGACCUCCCAAAUCGAUAGAAGGUAUGUCAAAUGGAUUUCCCACUUCAAUAACUACCCAGGCAGAGCAAGUUCGCCCACUGCUUAGCUUAUUGGAGAAAGAACCUCCUUCUAGACAUUUCUCUGGUCAAUUGGAGUAUGUACGCCACCUGUCAGGAUUUGAGAGACAUGAAAGCAUACUGCCUCUGCUACAUGCUAAUGACAGGAAAACCAAUGGUGAACUAGAUUUCUUGAUGGCUGAAUUUGCAGAGGUCUCUGGCCGUGGAAGAGAAAAUGGAAUUGUUGAAUCUACACCUAGAAUUCCACAUAAAACAGUGAAUAAGAAAGUCGGGCAACUGGCAUUUAAUGAAGGAGCAGCAUCCACAUCUGGUAUAGCUUCUCGGACAGCAUCAGGUGUAUUAUCUGGCUCAGGUGUUUUAAAUGCUAGACCAGGAAGCGCGGCAUCAUCGGGGUUACUUUCCAACAUGGUAUCAACAAUGAACGCGGAUGUUGCCAGGGAGUACCUGGAAAAGGUAGCAGACCUACUUCUUGAGUUUGCUCAAGCAGAUACAACUGUUAAGUCCUACAUGUGUAGCCAAAGCUUGCUUAACCGUCUUUUCCAGAUGUUUAAUCGCAUAGAGCCACCUAUUCUUUUAAAGAUACUGAAGUGUAUUAAUCAUUUGUCUACCGACCCAAACUGCUUAGAGAAUCUUCAACGUGCAGAUGCAAUUAAGUAUUUGAUCCCAAAUCUAGAACUCAAAGAUGGGCCUCUUGUAUCCCAAAUACAUCAUGAGGUCCUCAAUGCACUGUUCAACUUGUGCAAGAUAAAUAAGAGGAGACAGGAACAAGCAGCAGAAAAUGGAAUUAUUCCACACUUGAUGAAUUUUAUCGUGUCAGAUUCUCCCUUAAGACCACAUGCAUUGCCGCUACUAUGUGACAUGGCUCAUGCAUCACGUAAUUCAAGGGAACAGUUGAGGGCCCAUGGUGGAUUAGAUGUGUACUUGAGUUUGCUUGAUGAUGAGCUAUGGUCUGUGACGGCAUUAGAUUCAAUUGCUGUUUGCUUGGCUCAUGACAAUGACAAUCGCAAGGUGGAACAAGCUUUGCUGAAGAAGGAAGCAGUUCAGAGAUUGGUGAAGUUUUUCCAAUGUUGUCCAGAGCAACAUUUUGUCCACAUAUUGGAGCCAUUCUUGAAAAUUAUCACGAAAUCAUCCCAAAUAAACACAACAUUAGCUGUUACUGGUUUGACGCCACUGCUAAUCUCAAGGUUGGAUCAUCAGGAUGCUAUUGCUCGUCUUAAUCUACUUAAAUUAAUUAAGGCUGUUUAUGAGCACCACCCACGACCAAAGCAAUUAAUCGUGGAGAAUGAUUUACCGCAGAAGCUUCAGAAUCUAAUUGAAGAACGCAGAGAUGGGCAGCGUUCUGGAGGCCAAGUGUUGGUGAAACAAAUGGCUACUUCGUUGCUCAAAGCCCUUCAUAUUAACACUGUCCUGUAAAUUUAUGUGUCUAUCUUGUCCUCCCUGUUACGUAUAUUUUGAUUCUUUAGGAAGGAAUGAUUUCUCCUUUUCUUCUUUUGAUUAUUUUUCCCCGGUUCCCUGAUUUUCUCAUCUCUCACAUCAAUGAUGUGGAGGCAACCGCAUAUAGGAAACGCAUUUGAUGCUGUCUGUUUGCUGCCUAGAUUGUUUUCUUAUAUGUAGCUUUCAGUUUGCUGGUGUUACCCUUUGUCCUGGUUUUUCGGUACUCUCAUUUUUUUUUGUUCUUAGAAAAUGUUCCAAUGAUUUGGUUCCAAUUGUGUUUACAGUAAUAUAAAGCUUUUGAAAUGGUCCUGACAUUGGGAGUCCUACUGAAGAAGUAUCUCGUUUGGAUUGUAAUCCUUGUUACUUAAUUUGCUAAUGCAUGGCAUAGAGAGGAUUAAUGUCGACGUUUAAUACCAGCACCAGUUAUUUCUAGGC